UGUAGCUGACACAUUUAACUUUACAUCCUAAUCGGACGCACAUCUUGUACAUAUCGAUACAUUUUUUUUAUCAAAUUCAUAUCUUUCCAAUAUGCCACCUAAGGUAGUAACGAAGACAGGAGCAGCGGCAGCUAAGCCAGCCGCCAAGUCAAAGUAUACCCUUACUUAUUUCAAUAUAAGAGCACGUGGCGAGCUUUGUAGAUUGCUGUUUGCUCAGGCUGGAAUUGAAUACAAGGACGUCAGGAUAGAACAGGCAGAUUGGCCAAAAUUCAAAAAAGAAACCCCAAAUGGAACUUUGCCAUUUUUGGAUGUUGAAGGGAAGCAGAUCGGGCAGAGUAUGGCUAUUGCAAGAUAUUUGGCUUCUGAGUUCGGAUUGAAUGGGAAGAAUAAACUGGAGAGUUGUAUGAUAGACGAAUACCUCUGCAACAUUGUAGACUUUAUGACAAAAAUAUUCGCCCCGGUAUUUGAAAAAGACGAAGCCAAAAAGGCCGAGCUCACGAAGGAGUUUGCAGGGGAAAUUCUACCUAAAUUUCUGAAGAUGACAGAAACCAAAAUCGGUAAAUCUGGUUGGAUUAUUGGGGAAAAGAUAUCGGUCGCCGACAUCGCAUUAUAUGACGUUCUUUUUGGUAUAUCACAGACAGAGGGCGACAAGUUUAUGGCUUUGGCACCAAAAGUCAAGGCCAACUAUGAGAAGGUCCAAUCACAACCAAAGAUUAAGGCCUGGUUGGCGAAGCGUCCGGUAACAGCGAUGUGAGCAAUAUCAGGACAGCAUAUUGUUUAUAGAUUAACUCACAGGGUCACACAUCAUGUACAUACAGUUGACAUUCGAUAUGAAUUGUAUCAAUACGGAGAUCAACUGGAUCACAAAUCGUUACAACGGAACGUUUGUGUAGAAAGCGAGAUCUUCUGCCUUGACAAGUUGUACUUUUCAACACGAGAACUUUCGUGUCGGUACAUUGAUAUUGUUAUAUAUAUAGCUACGUGUCGGUACAGUGAUAUAGUAUUUUAUAUAUCUAUGUGUCGGUACAGUGAUAUCGUGUUUUAUAUAUCUACGUGUCGGUACAGUGAUAUAUUGUUUUAUAUAUCUACGUGUCGGUACAGUGAUAUAUUGUUUUAUAUAUCUACGUGUCGGUACAGUGAUAUAUUGCUUUGUAUAUCUACGCACACGUCACGAUGUGAUCGGAACCAGAUCACGUGAUAUUUGUUAUUUAUUUAACAUUUCACAAUAAAAGAAUUUAAAAAACCUUAAA